AUGUCUCCUUAUACUGUCGUUUCUACUGAUCAAGCUCCAGCUGCUAUCGGUCCUUAUGUCCAGGCGGUCAAAUAUAAUGGUCUCAUUUACGCUUCCGGAUGUAUCCCUCUGGAUCCAAAAACGAUGAAUGUUGUCGAAGGUGGAAUUGAAGAACAGACCAAUCAAGUGUUCAAAAAUGUUUCCGCGGUAUUAUCUGCAUCUUCAUCAUCUCCUUCUUCCGUUUUGAAAACUACAGUCUUUUUGAAAAAUAUGAAUGAUUUUGUGGCUUUCAAUACUAUUUACGCUGGGUUUUUCGGGGAGACUAAACCUGCUAGAAGUUGUGUGGAAGUUGCUAGGUUACCUAAAGAUGUUUUGGUGGAGAUUGAAUUCGUCGCUGUCGAGGAGAAAUAA